AUUACAGGCAAUCUAAUUUUCCUGAUCUGAAACCAAAAAAAUAUCAUGAUGACUGGAGGGAAUUUUCACAGUAGGGACCCAACCAGAUGAGUAGUCCUCUCUUUGAGUUGUUGAGGCUCAUAAACAGAUUUAGCUAUUCUACAGCCAUGUAGUUUUCGAAUUAUGACCACAUUUUGAGGUGCAAGUUUUCUGGUAUUUAGACAUUUGUCAUGCUGAUCAAAGUGUUGAGGUGUCUCGGAUUGCCAGUUUAAGUGGAUUACCCUACAAAGGGUUACUGUGCCAAAUACCUGAUCUGUUGUGCAAACUGAACUGUUAUUUCUUCAGUGGCUCUCUCUUGUUAGAACCUACACCAGAGUUUCUCUAGGUUAGAGAUUAUGGUGUUUUUGUGACUUGCUACUUUGCAAACUGUUAAUGAUGAAAUCUGGAGUCUGGACUCCUUAUGACUUUGUGAACUUCAACAUUUUGAGAACAUGCUUUUCCCAUUGACAAGAGCACUGCAGCUUCACUAGCAUAAACCAUGGCUGCAGUCCUUUCAAUUUUUCUUGAAAUGUACAGAUCCAGGUGCCAUAGAUUAUGUGUACACACAUUUUGCAGUAGUGAGGAAAGCAUUGAAAUUUACUUGGAACUAAACAACAGAUCAACUCUUCCACCAAUUCUUAGGCUUUUGUGGUUUUAUGGUAGAAUAUCUCAUUCAAUUGCCAGCAAACAAGGAAGAUGGUAUGGCUUUUCAAACCUUUUUCUUUGCAUCUAAAACAUAUUAUAGCUUGUUUGAAUAAAUUCUUUAUACAACUUUGAGUUUGAUGAUGUAAUAAUGGACAUGCAAUCAACAACUGGAGUGAAGAGAAGAAAUUGACAAUGAGAUCCCUAUGCAAGUGAUUGCUCGUAAACUGGUCUCAAUAGCUUCAAUGUGGUUAUGAUAGAAUUAUAAAUUUGUAUGUUUUCCCCUUUAAAAGGCAUUCCAAUAUUUUCAUCGAUGGAAAUGAGUAAAAAGGCCAACCAUCAGCAUCUAGGAAUCAAUGAUAUUGAACAGAUUGAGAUGUUUUGUUUCAGGGAUUUAUCAAACAAUGGCUUAUUCAGAGAAGUGCAAAACUUCUAUCUCAGCUAGUCUUAUUGAAGAAAAUAUAAGUGCCAAGUGUAUUUUGAAGGGUUCAUUUUUUCUUCUCCCAAUUUCUUUUAUUUGGUUAUACUUAUUCAUAUAAUGGACUCUUAGUCAAAGAAGGGAUUAUGAUGAUAACACUGAAAGCACAAAUUGGACAAAAUGAGCUCUCUUUUAUUCUUAUUCACUUGUGCUUCAUCCUCUUACUUUAUAAUACAUGUGUUCUUAAUAGAUUACUUAUAAAUUGAUAACUUUGGGUUUGCAGUCAAAGUUUAGCUUGUUAGUAAUUCUAUUUUUGUGGGAGCUUCUGAUGUACUCCUUGUCUUCUUACUCUGCCAAUAUCUAGGAGGAGAUGGGGAAUGCAAUGAAAACAGAAUGAUUGGAGCUGGAAUUCAGUAUAUUUCAGUGUUCAUCAAAGCUAGAAAACGUUUACAAGAAUACAUUUAGCAGUUCAUUUGUUUCAUUUUGAUUCAUGUCUUGAAGCAGAUGUGAACAAGAUUAUAUGCUUCACUUUCUAAAAUGCAAGGAGCAGUUAGAGAUAGAGAAUGUGAACGAGGAAAAAAGACAUACAUCAAAGGAAAAGGUAGUGAUUAUGAAGCACAAAUUAAACUCUGUUGAUUUGCAUUUCAUUUAUUUUGAUUUGAUUCAUUUCUAAAGAAUAAGACGAACCUUUGUUUCUUCAGUGCCUCUGUUCUUUGCCUUGGAAAGCUAUGGCAGAAAUCCGCUAAGGCUCAUAAGGUAUCUUCAAGUGAACGCUGUAAUAUGUUUCAGUGUCUGAACCUGUAGCUGUUUCAUUCUCAUUUGUUCUCUAUUUUCUUGUUGUAUUACUUGUUUCCUUUUUCCUCUUGCUGUUAUUGUGAUUGUUUGAAGAUGAUUUUGUAACACUCUCUUGAUAUAAUACAGCCAUUUUUCAUGGACUAGAAGUCCCGAAGUUUUUACUCUUCUAUUUGAAGAGGCCUAAUAAAAAAUACCCCGAAAG